AUACCUAUUACAAGCACGAGCCCAAUCUCGAUAGUGAUAGAGGAUGAGUGUUUGGCGGCCUUACAGGAGACGUCUUGGAAUGUGGAUGCGGCUGCCAACAAGGUUAAACUGGAUAUGUUGCUGAGGCUAGGAGUUGCUUCUAGACACCAGUGUGAGGCGACCUUGAAGAAAUGUGAUUGGAACGUGGAGGAGGCGGCUUCCCUCCUCUUGGAUUCUGCUGGAGGAGGAGGAGGAGGAGGACCUUCGUCACCGCCCAUCACACACUGCUGAGAGCUCUCUAUUAUCUACCUGUCAUCUAUGUGACUUCAGCUGAGCUCUCCAUUAUCUUCCUGACUUCUAUGUGACUUCAGCUGAGCUCUCCAUUAUCUACCUGACUUCUAUGUGACUUCAGCUGAGCUCUCUAUUAUCUACCUGUCAUCUAUGUGACUUCAGCUGAGCUCUCCAUUAUCUACCUGACUUCUAUGUGACUUCUUCUUCUCAAAGUGUCUGUAUCUUCUCUUAACUCUUUUUCUGAAUCUUUAACAAAUACUAUAUGACUGGAAUCAGAGCUGUGUUGAUGGUCUACCAUUUGGGUUUAGUCAAAAUUCUUGGGCUAUGAGUUGCUACAGCUAUUAGUUUAGGCUAAAAGAAAGAUCCAAUCAGUAGUCUACAGAUGUACCCGGGCUAAUAUAGUUAUUUGUAUAUCUAGAGUGGGGGGUGCUGUUUUUUCUCCCUGAGGGAAAAGUUUGAAGCCCGAGGCGAAGCCGAGGGCAACAAUUUUCCUGAGGGAGA